UUGUGCAGCGAUAUCAAUUAUUUUGGUAUUUUUUCGUGUGCGAAGUGCGGCCACACUGCGUGCAAGUUUUAAGCGAAAAGAAACAGAAUGUAUGCUCUCAGCAGCUCUCUUGUGCGCUCAUCAGCGCUCCGCCAAGGCCUACAAAUGGCCGCGGCGAACCGUCAGGUCUCACUGAAGGUUGUCUCUGUCGGCUCAACUAUCAAGGAUGAGAGCUUCUUUGAGAAAAACCAACGUCUGGGCCGMGAGAUGUCACCCCACUUGACCAUCUAUAAGCCGCAGCUCACCUCCAUACUGUCCGUCAUGCACCGCGGCACCGGCCUGGUCCUGGGCGUCGGCGUUUGGGGCUUGGGCAUUGGCGCUCUGGUCGCCUCUCAAGACAUCAGCCACUACGUCACCAUGGUGGAGGGUCUCCAGCUGAGCGGCGCCUCUCUGACCGCCAUCAAGUUCAUUCUCGCCUAUCCGUUUGGCUACCACGCCGCCAACGGCGUCCGCCAUCUGCUCUGGGACACUGGUCGCUUCCUCAAGAUCAAAGAGGUCUAUUCCACCGGUUAUGUAAUGGUUGCCACCUCCUUCGUGCUAACCGCCAUCCUGGCUCUUCUCUAGAGGCAGCGCAGGCCCAGUUAAAUUUUAGUGCGAACAUGUCUAUUAUUUGUUAAAUGCAUAAUACAUGUACAGUUUAUUUAUAAUA